AAUGUAGCAGAAGCACUUGCACAGUCAAGACAUGAAUCUGAUGCGACUGCAAAGGAGGAGAGACUUUAUAGGACCUCUCAGAUGACUGAGAUGGAGGACCUUCAGGCACCUUAUGAUCAUCCUUUUGCUCCACUUUGUAUCAAGGAUCCACGUGAUUACUUUGAUUCUCAACAAGCUAAUGCACUUAAAACUUAUGAUGAUACACGAGCUGGAACAGAACAACUGAGUUGUAGUCUGAAUACUGAGGAAGCAUAUGGCUUUUUGAGGGGUUCAAUAUCUGAGAUCAAGGCUAUGGGAUUGAGUGCUCAUAUGGUCAAACCUGAGGUUGCACUUACGGUCAUUAAUGGAUUGACCCUGAAUAUCUCAAGUACCAAGUAUCAACUGGGGAAGAAUGUUCAUGAGAGUGUACUGGACGGGCUACCCAACACAACUAAAGAGGAACUGCUACAUGCUUAUGCAAAGGAAAAGGUGAGAAAACUGAAAGGAAGCCAUGUAAAAUUUAUCCGCAGCUGGAGGCUCUAGAUGCUGCUUUUCAACAUUACGAGUCGGAUUUGCAAAAGAGAAGGGCAAGGGGUGUAGAGAAGAAACCAAAUGAAUGAGA